AUUACAUGUGGAUCGUGAUUGCGUUAGUUCGACUGUGUAAACUUUCCCCUAACCCAAACCACAUCAUAUAACCUCGAUACUGACGUAUAAUCAACUUUUAUUAAAUCAAUUAACCAAAUAAUAUUUAUCGGUAGAUAGUUCGUCGUACAAAAAUGGCAUGGAACUAUGAUAGUCUGUCUUGGACAGAUGUACGAGAUUUAUUCCGAACUUGGCGAGAAGAUUCGGAACGCAAAAGUGAAGAUGUGGUAGAACUUUGGGAAUCAAUAUUAGCCGAUAAGAUCCAUAAGCUAGGAAAUGAAAAGUAUUUAGUUCUGGAACAAGUAUGCGUAGCUGCUCUAGACUGCAACCGCUUAUCAGUUGCCAAGGAAUGCAUAGAUUUAUUGGAGCAAGAAUUUCCAGGCAGUUUGAGGGUCCUCAAAUAUCAUGCUAUGCAUAUGGAAGCUUUGGAAAAAUACGAUGAUGCUCUGAAGGUUCUAGACUCCAUUAUCAAGCGUGAUGAGACCAAUGCAGCGCCAAGAAAGAGGCGACUGGCAAUCUUGAAGGCUCGUGGUUGGAUACCAGAAACAAUAAGAGAACUCACAGAGUACCUAAAAAAGUUCAUGAGUGAUCAAGAAGCUUGGCACGAAUUGUGUGAUUUAUAUCUUCAAGAACAAGAAUACGCCAAAGCGGCAUUCUGCAUGGAAGAACUGAUCUUGCACAACCCACACAGUCAUCUGAUUUACCAAAGAUAUGCUGAAAUCAAGUAUACACAGGGUGGAUUUGAUAACAUGGAGUUGGCAAAAGUGUAUUUCUCCCAAGCGAUCAAGUUGAAUCCCAAUAACAUUCGUGCACUUUAUGGACUAUUAUUGGUAGGUAAUAACAUAGCUUCAUCAGCAAAGUGUCCUGCUUCAAAAAAAAAAGAUGCUAUCAAACUUUGCAAUUGGGCUGCUAGUCAAAUUCAAAAGAGGUAUGCUAUCAAAACAAACGAAAAAGAAGUUGCGAAUGUAGCAGAGGUAUUAGGGCAACUACAAUUGGAGUCAUAGGAAACAAUUCUGUAAAUGUUUAUGUAUUAUGGACGUCCAGGAAUUUACAUGGGGCAGGUGUAUGGUGAAAUUUUGAAAUAAUCCCAAUGUAUCAAACAUAAAACCACCUUGGUAAACGUGGCGUUAUUUUUAGUUAUGUAAUUGAGUAUACGUCGUUGGUAUAAUACCCAACAAUGAUGUGCAGAUUAUUUGAAUUCCAUAUUGUACGUAAGUCAAGUGUAUUCUGUAUACAAUGAUGUUAAUAGAAUGUUAAUAGAAGAAUAGGCAAAAAAAAGCUAUUCUCAGUAAUAUUGUUUUACUAUUUGUGAAUGUGAAGAUUAUUGUUCACAUUGUUGUUCGUUAGGGGUCUGCGUCAUAACUAUUGAACUUAUUGACUACGCAAAAAAUGUUUUGUUUCGUACGGCGUGGUAGGUAAAGGAAAUAUGAUUGUCACGUCUAUGUUUAAAGUGCACCCCAUUGCUUCAAAAUAUGUCCAGGCUAUUUCGAAUUUGUUUGGACCCUUAAGCUCACCGAGUACUCACCAAUAUCACUUUUGCUACGUAGAUAUGCAUGCACCUUUACGUGGAGCCACAAAAUUGAAGCAUCCAUCGCUUAGUAUUUGUUAGACAUUUCAUCUUGCUGUGGAAUUAAACGAAUUUUGUUUCUGAAUUGAUUGAAUGUUCAUCAGAUAACCAAAUUUGGGCUUCGAAAAUGCAUUCGAUAUUCCACGUUUGGAGUGGUGAAUCCUAAUAAUUCAAUUGGUUUAAGUGAAUAAAAAAUCGGAAGCAAUUAUUAAUAGGUCAAUAAAAUUUUUUAUAUGUAA